UAGGGAGUGCCCCCUGGACAAGGAAAAACACCCAUUGCACAAGUGUGCAUGCAUAGGAUUUACUUGCUGCUGUUCAGCACAAGAGCAACAGCUCCUUUGUUGGAUACUAGCUUAUCAAGCUCCUCUUCAAAAAGAAUACUGUGUUUAAAAAGCUUUACCGUGCCAUAGCUGCAGCCCACAAAGUGAACUUUGGGUCACUCCAAAAAUCUGCUCCAAAAUCUGCAAAAAUUCUCUGCUGCAAGGAAACCAGAGUGAUGUCAUCAGAAGAUGAUACUGGUGGGGAGGCACCCAGUGGCAGUUUCUGGGAGCCUGGCAACUACAAGCGGACAGUGAAGCGGGUGGAUGAUGGCAGCCGGCUGUGUAACGACCUUGUCUCCUGCUUCCAGGAGAGAGCCAAAAUUGAGAAGAGCUAUGCACAGCAGCUAACAGACUGGUCCCGCAAAUGGAGGACUGCUGUGGAGAAGGGCCCUCAGUAUGGCACACUGGAAAAAGCCUGGCAUGCAUUCCUGACAGCUGCAGACAAACUUAGUGAGAUCCAUCUGGAAGUACGGAACCGCCUGGCUGCUGAAGACUCGGACAAGAUUAAGGCCUGGCAGAAGGAAGCCUACCAUAAACAGAUGAUUGGUGGCUUCAAGGAGACAAAGGAAGCAGAGGAUGGGUUCCGCAAGGCCCAGAAGCCCUGGGUGAAAAAAUUGAAGGAUGUGGAAACUUCGAAAAAGAAUUACCAUAGUUCUCGUAAGGAGGAAAAGACGGCACAGACACGCGAGAAUCAUGCCAAAGCCGAUUCCUCUGUAUCACAGGAGCAGAUGCGUAAACUGCAGGAGCGUGUCGAGAAGUGUGCUCAAGAAGCAGAGAAGUGCAAGGAUCAGUAUGAGAAGAUGCUGGAUGAGCUCAAUCGCUACAACCCUCGGUAUAUGGAGGACAUGGAACAGGUCUUUGAGGGCUGUCAGGAAGCAGAAUGCAAACGGCUGUGCUUCUUCAAAGAGAUGUUCCUGGAUCUGCACAACCAUCUGAACCUGUCUACCAAUGAUAGCUUCCAUGCACUUUACCGGGAUUUGUAUCAGGGAAUAAUGGCUGCAGAUGACCAAGAGGACCUGAAGUGGUGGCGUCAAACCCAUGGACCAGGAAUGGCUAUGAACUGGCCUCAGUUUGAGGAAUGGUCUUUGGAGACACAGAGGCCAAUCAGUAAGAAGGAAAAAAGUGGGAAAAGCAGUGAAGAUGUGACUUUGACUAGCAUUGUGCCUGCAGGUGAUGGUGUGAAACAGACCCCUACACCGACAAAGCAAAGGUAUUCAUACCAGGAGGAGCAAAACAGUCACUUCUAUGAUACCCUGAAGGCCUCGGCCUGUAUGAAUGGAGGGAAAGAAGAAAUCUCAGAGUGGUCGGAUGAGGACACUCCCAAGAAGCGCCCAGAAGUCAAUGGGCAUGAGGACGACAUAAAGGUACCAGGCGUGCGGGUGCGAGCACUGUAUGAUUACGCAGGACAAGAGGCUGAUGAGCUGAGCUUUAAAGCAGGUGAAGAGCUCAUGAAGAUCAGUGAAGAGGACGAACAGGGCUGGUGCAAAGGCCGGCUUCAGACCGGUCAGGUUGGACUAUAUCCUGCUAAUUAUGUUGAGAAAGUCAUUUCAUGAUUGCUUCCUCCCUUCCCCCUUAAGGUGUGCACCCUGCAAGCAUUUUCUCCAGAGGUCACCAAAUCAGUGGCCUCCAACUUGCGUCAAAAACCAUGAAAACAAUCUGGAACUUUCUGAGGACACUCUUAUUGUAACCAAUGCUUCCUUUUAAACAUCUAGAAUUAUGGUGAUGAUUUUUUUUUCUAAUAAAGGUAUAUAAAAUUUUCUGAA